GUUCUGCCUCCACCACACUGUGAUGAUGUCUCGGCAAUGAGUAAGCGCCAGAAUAGUGCUCUACCUGCAGAUUUGGUGCAUCUGAAGCUUGAUCUGCUUCCUGGUAUGUCUCAAACUCUCGCCUUUCUUUCUCCAUCUCGUCUGCCCGCAAGCCCCGUCACCUCUCCCCUCCACCCGUUGCUUAGGGAUACUUGGGAUUCAUCAGAAUCUGGAUCUGGAUCUGGAUGGCAAGAAGCUGUAGCCUCUGUCUGCAGUUUAUUUCUUAGCUCGUGCAUCCUGUGUGGUGAACUCCUUGCAGCCCGCAGCGACUGUCUUGUCGGACCACACGGUGGACGUGUUACAGAUCCCUGUCUCAACUUCUUUGAUACACCUGUUUCCUGCUUUUGUUGGACGAUACAAAAUUCGAGAUGGUUCGCUUCGGAUGGGGAAAGAGGGCCAAGAAGAAAGAAGAAACAGUUGCUGACUCGAAUGAUGCUACGCCCAGUACAGAGCUUCCUCGUGUUAGCUUAUCCCAUGUGGAUACACAAUUAAAUAUGCACCACCAAGCAAAUCUCUUUGACAGUCAGGAAACGGACCAGCAGGCCGGAACACCUCCGAUGGAGUUGUCCUCAGAACCCUCCACUCUCCCCGUAUCCCCCAAUCUCUCGAGCAUAUCGCAUGGCGAAUCCUCGGCCUCAGAAUGGUCUUCCGCCGUCGGCCACGCAACCACCGGCAAGUCCGGCCGCGUCAUCCACAAUCUGCAGGAGGAGAUCGCUCGCUUGACUCGUGAAUGCAGUCUGUACCGCUCCCGCGCAGAGGAAACACAGCGCAGCAAUGAGGCGUACAAAAUACAGCUCCAGAAUAUGACGGAACGGCUGCGAAACCUCGAACAGGUGAACGAGACAAACCUGAGCUCCAUAGCCCGCAAGGACAGAAAAAUUGAGGAAUUGCGGGUAGAGAUACAGUCUGAAAAGGACAGGCGGCUGGAGUCAGAGCAGGAGACUCGCAAGAUCCAUCAGUUGAUGGCUGAGGGUCGCGAUGAGUUCAACCGCAAGUGUGCCGAGCUCCAGGAAACGACCAAUCACUUCCGUACCCAAUACGAUGUUCUCGCCAGGGCUGGACAGCGGGAGCGGGCCGAUUUUCAGAAGAAGUUCAAAGGCAUCCAAAAGGAUUUUCUCGCGCUCAAGGAGCAUAGCGAGAAGAAAGAUCUACAGCUUGAACGUCUAGAUGCGGUCAUGGCGCAGAAGAACCGUGAGAUCGAAGUCAGCAGAGAAAGUUUCGAUAAACUCUUUGAAGAAUACAAGGCCUACAGAGACGCCCAGGACCGGGAGCUUCGCGGUCUGAUCGAACGAGCACGUCAGAAAGAGUCCGACCUUGAUGCGGCCCUCGCUUCGCUCAAAGAAACCGAAGGCAAAAUGAAAUGGACGAUCCAGGUCAAAGGUGAAGUGAAAGACUCCGAGUGAAAUGAAGCACAACUGCGAUGCUCUCUCUAUUACCAUGGUGUUUGAGUUUGAGACUCGACCCUGAAACCCCCCGACCACUUCGCGAUCUCUACACUUUCUCCCGUACAUUUUUUUUUCGGCUUACAUUGAACAAAAUUCGACAAGAGAUUUCCAUCGCCCCGGUGGUUCUUGAAAAUCUCACCUUCUAUUUCGGCUUCUCUUCAUUAUUAUUACUAUUACUAUUGUUAUUAUUACUAUUUUCCCAGCGCCGCCAAGCCUCUGAUACCCUGGGAACGGCUACGACGUUGACUACCAUCCAGUCCCAUUCGCCCGGAGUUUACGUUGAAGGUUAUGAUUUCUAGAAUAUGUUAAACAAUAUCGAAAAUAACGGACAGAAUAAGCAAAAAA